AUGAGAAAGUGUAAAGUUUUCGUUGGAAACUCCCAUCCAAAGUUGGGAAAGCUCGUUUGUGAGCGUCUCGGAAUUGAACCUGCACCAGCAACGCUCAAGAAGUUCUCCAACGGUGAGACUUCCGUUCAGAUUGGCGUUUCCGUGAGAGAUGAAGAUGUCUACAUCAUACAAUCGGGAUCUCCCGAGACCAAUGACCACAUCAUGGAACUUCUGAUCUUGAUAUCGGCAUGCCAGGGUGGUUCAGCAGCUAAGAUCACAGCCGUGAUUCCAAGCUUUCCAUAUGCAAAGCAGUCCAAGAUGAAGAAGCACAGAGGUGCCAUCACCGCCCGGAUGUUGGCCAAUCUUCUAAUCAUGGCAGGUGCCGAUCACGUUAUCUCUAUGGACUUGCAUGCCUCGCAGAUGCAAGGUUUCUUUAGAAAGCCGGUGGAUAACCUGUAUGCAGGCCCUACGUUGGCCUCGUGGAUUCGCCACAACAUCCCGGAUUACCAGGAUGCUGUUGUUGUGUCGAAGAACCCCGGUGGAGCCAAGAGAGUGACUACUCUUGCCGAUCAGUUGAACAUCAACUUUGCCAUGAUCCACACAGAUAAGGAGAGAAGCAAGGAGAGCUAUGGCCACUCAAAGCCAAGCCAGCAGGUCAGCACUGUUGAGGCAAACGGCCAGGUUGAGCAGGAUGAGGUUAUCUGCUCUACCGAUGUUCAGACUGCAAGAAUUGUGAAAGGUCAUGUUCUUGAUGAAGAAGCUUCUGAGGAGGCUGCCGAGGCUUACGCUGCAAAGGCUUUCAAGAAGAAGGCACGUGCCAGAAGCUCGUUUGUUUCUGGUGACGACAAGACUUUCAGACCUUCCCUGAUCCACAAGGAGUCUGAAAUCACGUAUGACAACAACAAUUCCGAUGAUGAGGACGAACCCGAGUUCAGUGCCUCCGAGAAGGUGAUAACCUUGGUUGGAAAUGUUCAGGACAAGCCUGCCAUCAUUGUGGAUGACAUGAUUGACAGACAUGCUGCCUUCAUUGCUGCUGCCGAGCACCUCCGGAAGAAUUGUGGUGCAAAGAAGUGCUACGUUGUUGCCACCCACGGUAUCUUUGCUGAUGACUGCUUGGAGAGACUUGACAGCUGUCCGUACAUAGAUGGAAUAAUUGUUACGAAUACGUAUCCAAUUCCGGACGCGGCGGCCAAGAAGUGCAAGAAGCUUACGGUUAUUGAUGUCUCUCCAAUCUUUGCUGAGUGUAUCAGGAGAGAUCAUUUCGGUGAAUCCAUCAGUGUUCUUUUCAACUCUCUUGCUUCUGUUGUUUGA